GUUCGUUUCUCGAGCAAUCUGGCUAUCUCCCCGCAAAUCUGCUUCGCGAUAUGAGGUCUAGCACAUGGAUCAACAUGCUUGCCUCCAUCCUGCUACCGAAAUAGCGAGCAUAGUGCUUCGAUUAUGCAGCUCUUACAGGGGUCGGAACGGGCAUCACUGCCUUGGCGCGACUCAAGCUCAUGUCGCCAGCUCUAGCGAUGUUUCGACGGUGGAGAUAAGCAACUACCAAGGCGAGCGGGUCCGUCGGAAUGGAUAUUGGCUUAUAUUGUGACACUUGCCUGCAUGUUCCCACGUCUUUCCAGAUCUUCGGAUUCGACACGAGUCCAUCUGUUGUACAUUGUGCAUUGAGAUUGUUCCCCAGGCCAAGCCAUGGUUACUACAGCAGAGAAGAGAGACAUUGAGCAAAUCGAGGUCAUGGAGAACGCUGCCGCUUCACAGGCUUCUGAUCACAGUGUCGAAAAGGGUUUGGACCACACGGAGGACGUCAUCCCCAACGAGGCGAAGGACGAGGAUAUCGUUACAUUGAAGACCUGGGCCGUCAUUAUUAUCCUGUCCGCUUCAUACGGUCUCAGCUUUUGGGUUGUUACUACACUCGGUGCCAUUCAAACGCAAGUCGCCACACAGCUCGGAAACCCCACGAACGCCGGGUGGUGGACUACAGUCUACACUAUGUGCACGGCGAUUUCUUUCAUGAUCUUCGGCGGUAACUCUGAUCUCUUCGGUCGCCGCUGGUUCGUCAUCAGUGGAAACAUCUUCGUUUUCGCUGGCUAUAUCGCUAUUGGAGCUGCAAAGAACACAGAGAGCAUCAUCGGGGGAAAUACUGCAAUUGGUGUUGGCGCCGGUCUUUGUCAGCUCAGUGCUUUCGGUAUCCCGGAGCUUCUGCCAAAUAGGCUGCGACAUAUUGGCGUACUUAUUGCUGAUGCCAGCACUUGGAUUGCGGUACUGUUCGGCCCCAUUGUCGCACGGUACGCUAUCCGACACGGAGAGUCGUGGAGAUGGCUCUUUUACGCUCCUGCCAUUGCGACAGCGAUUGUAUUCGGUCUCCUGAUCUGGCUUUACAAGCCACCCAAACACCCUCGAGGUAUUCCGUGGGGCCAGGCGCUUCGUGAACUGGACUAUCUUGGAGCUCUACUAUUCAUUGCUGGCGCCGUUUGUGUCUUCACUGGCGUCAUCUACACCACCAUCAUCCCGUCCUCUGAUCCGAAAGUCGUCGCCCUUCUUGUGGUGGGCUUCGCCGUCAUCGGAGUGUUCGCGUGCUGGGAGCGGUUUGGGAAUCUCAAGCAGGCCAUGUGCCCGCCCGAGAUUUUUGCCAAGGACAAGGGGCGAGAAUUUACCUUCCCCUUCAUCGCCGGCGUAAUCGUAAACAUGUUCUUCUACUCCGUCAACAUCGUCUACCCCACCAUGAUAAACGUGCUCUGGACCUCCCCCACCACGCCCCUCAGCACCUCGCUCGAAUACACGCUCCCGCAAAACCUCGGCCUCAUCUUCGGCUCCAUGCUCCUCUGGUUCUUCGGCAUCAGAAUCGGCCACUGGAAGUGGCAGUUCAUUAUCGUCUUCGCCGUCAUGACGCUCUUCGGCUCGCUCAUGGCGCUCGGCAAACCGGACAAUAUGGCAAUGGUCAUGGUGUUUUGCUUUAUCUGUGAAGGCGCGUAUGGCUGGGCCCAAACGCUGAGUAUUACCUGGAUCCAGAUGGGCGUGCCGCAGACGCAGUUGGGGAUCAGUGGGGCGCUGGCAGGGGUUGCAAGGUGGACCGGGGGCGCGCUCUCAUCGUCCAUCUACCUAGCGAUUCUUUCGAAUGUGCAGGCGGAACAGGUGGGGAAGCUUGUCACGAGUGCGGUUGCGGCGGCUGGGGGCUCGCAGGAUACGGCUACAGCAUUGCUAGCUGCGCUGCCACUUGGGGCCGAGGCCAUUGCAAAGGUUCCUGGCACGACGGAGGCGAUGGUCGCUGCGGCCGGGGCCGCGUUUAUUCAGAGCUACGUUGUGGCGCUGAGGACGGUGUGUCUGACGAGCAUUGCGUUUGGGGUUAUUGGUACGGUGUGUUGCUGUUUGAGCAAUGAUAUUGGGCCCAAGAUGAACGAUAAGAUUGAGGUGUUUUUGGAGAACGAUGUGCAGGCGGAGAAGAAUAGGUUCCAUUAGUGGGAUGAUGGGUAUAGAUGCAGAAGUCUGGUCGUCGUCCUUGGUAGUCUAGCAGCGAGACGUUUCUGGGGAUAGAGUGAUAGUGUAGUUGAGAUAGGAGAUCUUCUGUAUGGUGGACAUCUGCACUGCAGUUCCUUGCUUUUGCAGGACUGCCACGUAAGAGAGCCCGCGGACAGACGCAAGUCGAACAAGAAUG